CUUUCUUCUACCGAUUUUGAGUUCUUAUUAAAUUUUGCUAUCCACUAUAAAUAAUUUGGACCUUUUUAUUAUAUUUAAAAAGGCCCACUUUACAACUAUGAUUGGAAAUAACUUGUAGGUUUUAAUCAUCAAACCUAUCAAGAUCUGAUCUCAACAUUAAAGCUUAAUUAUGAAUUUGGAAAUAAAGCUUUAACUUCUCAUCAGUUUUUCCUUUUUCUUAGUCAGCAGCCAAAAUUGUUAGUUGGGCAUUAUGUGAAAAUGAGCAAAAGCAAGGGUAUUAUAGUAAUCAUGCCACUUCCUCCCUUCGCUCAUUAAAAUUACACUGAGCUUCAGCUGGCUUCCUUCAGCUCAAUCUCCCAACGUCUUUCUAAAUAACGAUGAAACCGCCACUGCAACAGGCCGUGAUUCUCUCGAUUCUCCUCUUAAUCUCCACCGUCAACGCCGCCGCCAUAGCCACCAAGCCCACUGCUACUCCAGCGGCCCCCAUUGAAGUUCCUCCAACUCCAUCUCCGACCUCCGCCCCAUCCCAAGCACGCCCAUUACUGCCACCGACAUCGCCAUCGCCUUCUUCUUCACCAUCAUCAUCUUCCAACUCUCUUGACCCGAAGCAACUUAGAGCUCUGCAAUCGCUCAGCAUCCCCACCUUCAAGGACCCCUGCAAGCAACCCUCACUUCACAACGCCACCGUUUGUGAUUCUUCCGAGCCGUUUCGCCACCUUGUUUUCCUCCGCCUGGCUAAUUGCUCCGACGAUGUCGCUUUGUCAUUCACAGCUCUUAAAUCCCUCUCCACUCUCAGAUCUCUCGAAUUUGUUGACUGCCCUAUUUCCCCCAUUCGCUUCCCUGCCGAUCUGGUUGCCUCUCUCCGAUCCUUCACUUGCACCAACAGCCUCCGUAGGCUCACCGGUGUUUGGCUUAGCCGUCUCGAGAACCUCACCGAUCUCUCCGUUUCCAAUGUCCCUGUUAACGCGUCGGGUCCUUUUGUCAUACUCGGCAAAAUGAAUAUCCUCAAGUCUGUGACUAUAUCCAAUGCGAAUCUCACGGGUUACUUUCCAAAGCAUUUGAAUCGCAAACUUACCCACAUUGAUUUUUCGGGUAAUAUGCUCAAAGGCAAGCUACCCACUUCGAUUACUCUGUUGGAGGAUCUUGAAUCUCUGAAUCUAGCUUCUAAUGCGUUCAUUGGCGAGAUACCCACUUCAAUUGGGGACCUGAUAUCGCUUCAGAACCUGUCAUUGGCAUCAAAUUCGAUUUCGGGAUCGAUCCCGGAAUCAAUUUCGGCAAUUCCUGGAUUGGUUCACCUCGAUCUCAGCUCAAAUCAGUUUAACGGAACAAUUCCGAGCUUCCUUUCAGAGAUGAAGAGCUUAAAGUAUCUGAAUCUCGAGAACAACCAGUUUCAUGGGGUAAUGCCUUUCAAUGGGUCUUUCUUGAAAAGGUUGGAAAUUUUUAGAAUAAAAGGGAAUAGCAAUCUUUGUUACAACCAUUCAAUUCUAUCAUCCAAACUGAAGCUUGGAAUAGCUCCUUGCGAUAGACAUGGGCUUCCAUUGUCGCCACCGCCAGCUAAGGAAGAUUCGUCAGCUGAUGAAAACAGCGACUACGAUGACAGCGAUGAAGAUAAUUCUAACACCCACCACAAGGAUUCUCAUAAUGGACCCAAUAAAGUCGUGCUUGGAGUCGCAAUUGGCCUUUCUUCCAUAAUUUUUCUCAUUAUUUUUCUGGUUUGUAUGUCCAAGUGCUGUCGUUAAGAGUGAAGAUCAAUUGGUUUUACUUUUAGAGUAGAAUUUUUUGGUUCUUUUUUUUUUUUUUUCUUUCUUUUUGGUUAGAAGUAAUAGUAAAGAAAUCAUGAGAGGCAUAAGCACUGUAAAUGUAGGGACAAGAUAAUUUGGUUGGCGUUUGUUCUUUUUAGUGGAUUGGUUUCAAUUAUUUGAAGGGAGGAGGAUUUUCAGUGCGGCAUGUUUUGAUGUGUUUAUUUUAGGUGUUAUCAACAUCAUUUCUUUCGCUUUUGUUUUUUCUCCUAUUAUGACUUGAUUUGCUGUAUUGUCUCAAUAAGAUUUAUGUUCAGUUUUUCAA